AUGAAGAAUUUUCUUCGGCUUCACAAAAAAAGUUUCACUCGAAAGCUCUCGACUACUUUCAGAAUAGAAGAGAUGUUCACCACUACCCCUAUGAACGCUUUGUUUCUGCCGCGGCUGCUGCUACCGACGGCUCCUCCUCCUCCUCACGCGACGCCGAUCUCCUCGCGUAAAAGGAGCAGUAGUGCGACUUUUCGCACGACUACUUUAUGCGUGACUCCUCGUGCGACCGCAUCACCUUCAUCAUCACCAUCAUCAUCAUCAUCAUCAACAACAACAACGAAUAAUAAUAGUGUUGUUAAUAAGAAAAAAAUCAUCGUGAAAGUCCAACCGCAGCAAACUUUAUCGAUCGUCUCCAAAGAGAACGGGAUAUCGAUUCCAGAUAUUGUUCGAUUGAACGGGUUAGGUACGCGGAGAACUUUACAAGUCGGAGAGGAAUUGAUCGUGAGCGAUUUUGAAGGAAAUGUUGGCGAUGCUGAUGUUGGGUAUAAGAUUAUUGAACGCGCAAAGAUGACGACGAUGAUGAUUACGAGCAGCACAGAUGAAGAGAAGACUACUGUUGAGAAGGAGAAGGAGAUCGUUUCAUCUUCUUCUCCAUCGACGACGUCUCCGACUGAUGAGACGACGACAGAAGAGAAAGAACAAAACGUGAAGAAAAUCUUACGACUCGUGCCCGAGAACGCGAAAGAAGCAAUAAUGAGAAAGAUUGAGCGCUUAAAAGUGGAGACGACGAAUAAAAGCGAUGCCAGUACUGCAUCCUUAAUACAAGUCGUCCCGCGAAGCGUAACCGCCUCGGUGCCGUUUACGACAUCUUUUGGAGUUGGCGUCGGGGCGGCGGUGUUGAGCAUGGCGUUGGUAGCGACAAAUAUCGGUCGAGAUGGUAAGGGAAAAGAAGAAAAAGAAGAAGAAGAGAAGAAAGAAGUGGGUUUCGAAGUAGAGAGUAGUGGUAUUAGUAGUAGUAGUAGUAGUACUAGAGAUAGUAAUAGUAGCAACGAAGAAAUAGAAGCGGUAUCGGUAGAAACAAAACUCGUCGAGAAAGAAGUAGCGGAAGAAGUGAAAGUCACCACACCGCUGCCGACGGUAGAAGUUGUCGAAGAGAAAGAAGAUGUGGCCGAAGUUGAUCGUUCUGAGUCGUCUCCGGCGCCUUUGGAACGCUUGAAAGGAUGGAUGGACGAGAGGGACGCUCAGGAAAAUUUCGAAAGUUCGAUCGAAGAAUUUAAGGCCAAGCUGGCAGCAGCGCAAGACGCGCUCAUCGUGUUGCAAGAUCAACUGGAACAGAGCAAACGAAAGAAGAACAGCCAAAAGUGA